AUGUCAGGAAAUUCAGAGUUUGAAGGGACUUUAGAAUCCCUCGAACACUCUAAGACAGGCAUAUCUGGUUCGAAGAUUUUAAAAUUAACGAAUUUGGCAAUGGAUAAUGUUGGCGAAAAUGCUCAGUUCAUCACUAGUGUGUAUAAGUAUGCGAAACGCGCUCCUAAUACCCAUAAGUUAGGCGCCUUGUAUAUCCUAGAUUCCAUUGUACGUAGCUUUCAGGAUGGCGCUAAAAAGAAUAAUGAAUCAUUUGAAUCUCCAAUGGAUGCUUCUUUUAGUGGUGGUUGGUGCAAAGCUGCCGAAGUUACUGAAAGCUUGGUUGCUGAUGCAACGCAUCAUGCCCCUUCUACUCAUUUGCCUAAAAUCUUAAAACUUUGUGACAUCUGGGACAAAGCAUCCACUUUGCCUCAAGACAAAUUAGAAUCUCUUCGAUCCAAAAUUAAAGAGACCAUUGGCUCUUCUGACCAGGCUAAUUCUCCAACACGUGACACUGUAGCUUCAUCAACGCAGGCAGGUGUCGAGAAUCCCGCAAUUCCAGCUACUACCACUACAGAGCCUAAUGCUCCUUCACAACCCCCUGCUGCUUCAACAAACGAUCCUGCUUCUAUUUUGGAAGCUCUUGCAGCUUUUGCCCAAAAGGCCCCCGCGCCUUCUACAACCUCUACUGCUUCGGGCACGCCGAUUAUUCAAGAUCCCGCAUCCCACCCUGCCCCAGUAGCCGGAGCACCACCAAGUAUUAGCCCUGUACCUACGACUGCUCCUUUGAACCCAGUGCCCCCUCAACCGAUUCCUUCGAUGCCUACUCCUAUGUAUCAGCCUAUGGCUGGUGCUCCUCCCUCCAUGUUGGGCGGUCCAAUGCCACCAAACCCAGCUGCUCCUGCGUCUGAUGCUGAAACUCAAAAAAUAAACCUUAUUAAUGUAUUGGCUUCUCAAAAUGUCCCAGCUCCUCAAAUCGAAACUAUUAUAAAAGCUGCUUUUCCUUCUUAUAACGCACCUCUGCAAGGAGGUCCCGCGGCUGCGUUGUCUGCUACUGCUCCCUCGGCAGGAAUCAUGGAAUCCUUGCAUAGAUCCCGUAGUCCUAGCCCUCGCAGCAAACAACUCGGCCGUACGCCUAGUCCUUCACGAAUGUCUAUUCCUUCUGCUAUGCCUGCCAAUGGCAUGCCAAAGCCAACUCCAGAUGGCGUGCCUCGUAAGUUGGAGCGUGAUAUAACCAUUCCUCCUGAUUCCAUAAAAGUAUUUAGUCGUACUCUUUUCCUUGGUGGUAUAACACGCGCUGUUCGUGAGCCCGUUUUACGCUCAAUGUUUGAACGUUUCGGUGCAGUUCAAAGCCUUAUUUUGAAUCACAAUUAUAGACAUGGUUUCCUCAAAAUGUUCCGUCGUGAGGCUGCCGAAAAGGCACAAGUUGCAAUGGAAAAUGUGCCCUUUGCUGAUACUACGAUUCGUACUAAAUGGGGUGUUGGUUUUGGUCCCAGAGAAUGCUCAGAUUUUACCUUUGGUGUUAGUAUAAUUCCUAUACGUUUAUUGACUGACGCCGAUCGUACCUGGCUUGUAACAGCCGAAUACGGUGGUACUGGGGGUAUUCCCGUUACACCUGGAAUAGCUGUUGACGAACCUGAUAUCGAAAUUGGUUUGGGUAUUAGUUCCAAAGCUAUAAGUAAACGUGGUAAAGAUAUAAACGUUCGACGCGAUGAUAGAAUGCGAGGACGUAAGCCUUUCCGUGGAGGUUUACCCCACCAAGGAGAAAGACAUUUUGAUCCCUCUGGUGGUUGGCCCAAUGGUGGUGCUGCUGGGCCCGGAAAUAUGUACAAUCCAGGAUAUUCUUCAUACUAUGAUCCUAAUUAUUCUUCUGCAUCAGGUUAUGCAACACAGCCUCCUUGGCAACCACAAUAA